CAUUUUUCUAAUCCUUAUUCCAGAUAACGGCAUUAGCCGCUUCUACGACCGGCAACCCGGUUCCUCCGAGCAACCCAACAGCCUCUAAUAGUAGCCCAAAAUACGUUCCAGUGUUCAUCUCCGCCGACGCCCUCAACCACAUAAACGAGAAAGACGGACAAGCGGCUCAGCCUGUCGAACCUGGGCAGGAAAACUUGAAUGAUAUAAACAAGGAAGCACAGAAUAUUCUCUACGGCCCCCCAGCGCCGGUUUACGAGCCUGAUCAACAUGAACCCAGCUACACCCCACCAUCGAUACCACAAACUUAUCAAAACAAUCAGCAACAAUACCAAAAUAUGCAAACUCCAAUACAGCAAGCUUAUCCUAAUCAACAGUCGAUUCAACAGCCGUAUCCAGCUAUUCAGCAAUCUUUUCAAACUCAGCAACCAAAUCAGAUUCCGCAAUAUCAAAUCAGCCAACCUCAGUCUCAGCCUUUUUAUCCGAUGAACCAACAACCCGCUCAGCAAAAUCAACCGAUCUUAGUUGCUCAGCAAACAGGGUCACAACCUUUAUACGGCAAUCAACAGCAAAUAUUACCUCUUAAUCAGCAGCCACUUUUAAAUCAGCAACAACUGAUAACUCAACCAAUCCAGACAUAUCAGCAACCAAACCAGCUACUCAUCAGUCAACCUGGAAAUCAACAGACAUUGUUAACUCAAUCACAGCCUAUUUUGUUAAACCAACAAACUCCAAUGUCGAACCAGCAAAUACUUCUGCAGUCAAACCAAAACGGACUAAUUCAGCAAAUACCCAACCAGCAAGGGCAGCAAGCCAUUAUCUUACAGCCAAAUCAAAACGGACAAAUGAUUACCAGCAACAUCAACCCGAUUAACCCCCUUCCUAAUCAAGUAAAUCCAGGGUACAUUCAAAACCAAAACCAAAAUGUGUACGCGGUUGUCCCUAUAAAUGGACAAAAUUUGGGAUCGAGCCAGAACGUGGGCUCGAACACUUAUCUAGUGCCAGUGCAACAAGUGCCUAAUCAAGUUUUCGCUGUAAAUUCUGGAUAAUAAAUUACUUUAACAC